CUGGGCCGCCUGCAGCGGAGUGCGCGAACUUAACCACUCGGCCACGGGGCCAGCCCCUAAUUUUAACUAAUUUAAAGUGACCCUGCGCAUGUGUCUAGUCACUACCAUAUCGGAGAGCACAGGAUUAGAGAAACUUGCCAGGUCUCUGCUUUCUGGGGCUUCCUUAGGAAUUUCAAAGCUUUCCUCUAGCCUCAGUGGGCGAGCUGCGAAGACCUUUCUCCCUCCCUGUCCUUGCUGAGCACAGAGAGGACAGUGAGCAGGGGGCCUCGCUGGUGACUUGUGGGAAUUAUGUAGACAUCAACACCGCAGCUUCCUAGGUGGCCUGAGAAAGUCCUGCUUUGUGCUGGAUUCUGCACCCGGGCCCUGACCCUGGGGCCCUUGUUCUGAGGCGCACACGGUUUUCCAGGGCUUGUGCACUCAGAGGUGUCCGUGGGACUCAGUGAAGCGGGGGGAUCGUCAGAGGCUUGGUUAGAGCAGGGGGAGAGCCCCCAGAGGUCACCUGUUCAACUCUCCCAUCAUGCACAUGGGGAGAUGCAGACACAACCUGGGUGACCUGCCCAUUGUCAUGCAACCAAAGCUGGGCUGUACCAAGGGACACUCUCUGGCAUCAAGGAUGUGAGUGGCUGGGUGGGUUUCCCCAGGGACUCCAAGGUGGGUGUAAGGGGGCUUGGCUCACCAGGUACUGCUCUACACAGCAGGGAACAAGACCUGAGUUCUGGUCCCAGCUCCACCCUCCCUGCUGUGUGACGUUAUCUACUCCAGACCCCUGCUUCUUCAUCGGUAGAAGGAGGGGGCUGGAUCAUCUGGUCUUUGGAAAUCGCUUCUCGGUUUAUCAUCAGCCCCUUAAAGCAACCCACGUACAUGCAUAAGGAAACUGACUUUAAGUAGCUUCUGAGUGGCAGGCAGGUCCUCAGACUCCAAAUGUUUUGUUCCUGUGUCUUGAGAUGGAAUGUCUAUGGGUACAACCCCCAAGGCGUCGGUGGAUUUUUAGGCUGGGUUCGUCCCCUGGAUUUGCUCCCGGGGACGCUGGGAUUUGCAGGGGGAGGCGGUGUUGUUACCGAGCAGCAGUGUUUUCUGCCUGGGUUCCCCUCCAGCCAGGGCUGUUUGUGAGAACAUUGGAAUCACCAAGUGGCCCCUGGCGGAGAAUGCAGCCAGAACAAAGGCGCCCUCUCCCCGCCAGGGGCCGGGGGAAUACUAACUAGUUGACAGGAAUUUUAAUAUAAAACUCUCCCUCUUCCUUGUCAUUCGGAGGUUUCAGGAAGCCUUCGGGCUUAUCGUGCAGCGGCACACAGCACAGACAGGGCCUGGGGAGGUGAGAGGUGAUUUCCUGCCAUUCUUCUGCGGGGCGGGCUUCCCAGGGCGGUCAUGCCAGGCUGACGGGGCGCAGUGCGGGCUCCCACUGCUGGGGGGAGAGCUGGGCUUUCAUGGGGCGGCAGCCGAGGCAGGACCCGCAGCCAUGAACCGCUUCAAUGGGCUCUGCAAGGUGUGCUCGGAGCGCCGCUACCGCCAGAUCACCAUCCCGAGGGGGAAGGAUGGCUUCGGCUUCACCAUCUGCUGCGACUCUCCGGUCCGCGUCCAGGCUGUGGAUUCCGGGGGCCCAGCAGAGCGGGCAGGACUACAGCAACUGGACACAGUGCUGCAGCUGAACGAGAGACCCGUGGAACAUUGGAAAUGCGUGGAGCUGGCCCACGAGAUCCGGAGCUGCCCCAGCGAGAUCAUCCUGCUCGUGUGGCGCAUGGUCCCCCAGGUCAAGCCGGGGCCAGACGGCGGGGUCCUGCGGCGGGCCUCCUGCAAGUCGACACAUGACCUCCAGUCGCCCCCCAACAAGCGGGAGAAGAACUGUACCCACGGGGCCCAGGCACGGCCGGAGCAGCGCCGCAGCUGCCACCUAGUGUGUGACAGCUCGGAUGGGCUGCUGCUGGGAGGCUGGGAGCGCUACACCGAGGUGGCCAAACGUGGGGGCCAGCACACCCUGCCUGCGCUGUCCCGUGCCACUGCCCCCACCGACCCCAACUAUAUCAUCCUGGCCCCGCUGAAUCCUGGGAGCCAGCUGCUGCGGCCUGUGUACCAGGAGGAUGCCAUCCCCGAAGAGUCGGGGAGUCCCAGCCAAGGGAAGCCGUACACGGGCCUGGGGAAGAAGUCCCGGCUGAUGAAGACGGUGCAGACCAUGAAAGGCCACGGGAACUACCAGAACUGCCCGGUCAUGAGGCCGCACACCCCACACUCGAGCUACGGCACCUACGUCACCUUGGCCCCCAAGGUCCUGGUGUUCCCUGUCUUCGUCCAGCCUUUAGAUCUCUGUAACCCUGCCCGGACCCUCCUGUUGUCAGAGGAGCUGCUGCUGUACGAGGGGAGGAACAAGGCUGCGGAGGUGACGCUGUUUGCCUAUUCGGACCUGCUGCUCUUCACCAAGGAGGACGAGCCUGGCCGCUGCAACGUCCUGAGGAACCCGCUCUACCUGCAGAGCGUGAAGCUGCAGGAAGGUUCUUCAGAAGACCUGAAAUUCUGUGUGCUGUAUCUGGCAGAGAAGGCAGAGUGCUUAUUCACUUUGGAAGCACACUCGCAGGAGCAGAAGAAGAGAGUGUGCUGGUGCCUGUCGGAGAACAUCGCUAAGCAGCAGCAGCUGUCGGCCUCGCCCCCGGAGAACAAGAAACUCCACCCUUAUGGCCCUCUCCAGCAGGAGAUGGGGCCGGCCAGCUCAACCAAUGCUACCCAGGAUAGAAGCUUUACCUCAUCAGGACAGACUCUGAUUGGCUGAGCAAACCCAAGGGCCGGACUCUGCUUCUGGCAACUUAACCCUUUCUUGGGCAUCCCCUACCACACAGUAACCUCACCUCAACUGGACCCAAAAUGGAGGACCAAGAUGGUGGGCCUAGGGUCCCCUGAAGGGAGUGACCCCACGAGUGUGUGUGCACUGGCAUCAGAAGGACCACGGUGGUGUGAGAGGCCCUGUGGGCACGUGCAGACUGGCAUCAGAAAGCCCCAAAUGGAGAAGACUCAGAAGCUUAUUCGCUACAAGGAAGAAGGAGCUGGAGUAGCAUCUGGAUGUCCAGUGGCUCCACCUGCCUUGGGGGCAGCAGGAGAGGCUGGGAGAGGUCAGCCAGAUGGAAAACAAUACCGUGAUCCUCUGCCACCAGAAGACAUCUCCACCCGUUCACCGCGUUCCUCUGUACUCAUUUGUUCAUUCCUUCACUCAACGGAUAUUUUGGGGGCACCUACUUUAUGCUCGGCUCUGUGCGAGGAGCUAAGGAUACGGAGGAGAAUGAGGUGGAUGUAGUCUCUGCUCUUACCAAGAUUUCAAAACAUUAGCACCAACACACACACGUAAUUACAAACUGUGAUAAUUUAUGGAGGAGAAGAAUAGAUUCCUUUAAGAGAGACUAUUAUUUAGAUUGUAGUGUGGGGGGGUUGGGCAGGGGAGGAGCAUAACUUUAAAGCUGAGACCUGCAGGCCGGAAAGGAGGUAGCCUGUCAGGGACUUAAGAAUGUUUCAGGCAGAUGGAACAGCCUGUGGACAGGACCUGGGAUGGGAAGGAGCUUGGCGUGCUGGAGGCACAGAGCCAGGCCAGCGUGGCUGGAGCUCAGCGAGGAGGUGAAUGGCGGGUGGUGGCUAGCUCAUGCAGGGCUGUGGGGGUGACUGCUCUGUUGAUUUUAUUCUAGAUACAGUGGGCAGCCAUUGAAGGCUUUUGAGAAAGGGAGUCACAGAGUCUCAGGUACCUUUCUAGAAGAUGAGCGAGUGCAAGGAGGGGCCCAAGUGGGUGUGAGGAGAUCAGUCAGGGGGUCCCUUCAGUCUUCCAGUGAUGGGGAGGGGGGGUAUGUGAAUGCCCAGACCCUUGGAUGUGGCAGAGGCUCUGGAAUGAGAAGAGAUCAUUUCCCCUCCCUCCAUGCCCCCCGCAACCCUCCACUGCGUCUGGCUCUCUCAGUAGAUGCGAGUGAGGACCGGGGCCUUCCGCACAGAGCCCCUCCUAGCCAGGCCUGGAUAGGGCCCAGCGCUGAGUUCUAGGAAUGUCCCUGGGAGUCGGGAGCAGUGGGCGCUUCAUGUGGCCAAGGUGAGGAAAGUCCCGGCCCCCAGGCGUCAGCAGGGCUGCCGGCGCUGUCCCUCCAUCCUCCUGUGCUGAAGGGUGUGAUGGGAAGCCGGCGCUCAGCCCUCUGGAAACUCACUUGGUUUGCUCUCUGCAGAGCUCCAGGGUCAGGGACCGGGGUGAGGUGUGGCUCAGCCACCCUAGUGGAGACAGUCCUGCCACAAGGCUGAAGAGAGACCUGCCCAGGGGACAGUGAUUAGAGCUCAGCCUGCUCCCUGCCUGCAGCUGGAGUCCAGGGUCGGGCAGCUCUCACACCCUCCUCUAACUGCCAGGACUUAGAGGGCCACAGGGCAGAGCGACAGCUCACACACAAAGGGUAUGUAUAGGAUCAGGGUCAGAGACGCCCGACAGAUGCUCAGGCCAGAGAAGCCCCGCACCUUGGGCACUCUCUGUGUUGUGUCCUGCAACAUUUUCAGGGUCUUUAGAGAGGGGUCUUGUGCCCUGCUGAGUCUGCUCAGCUGCUGUGGCCGCUUGAAACCCAGGAAGAGUGGCUCAGAAGAGAAUUUGUCCCUCGCCUCCCGCUUGUCCUCCUCCCAGCCUAGGAAAGAGCAGGCGUGUCGCAUCAGCAGGCUAACGGGAUGGGACGUAUCUUCCGUGACCAGGCCCAUGUCCUCGCCCAGCUGGGGAAUAGACUCGGCCUGCCGUGGGACAAGUGAGACACAGAGUCUGUCAGCUAGGACUCAGCCGCAGGGGUAAUUCUGAGGCUGAGCAGCUGGGUCUGCACUGGCAGCAAGCCGCACUUUGAUUUCAUUUGAUUCCCUUACAAAAUGACAUUAAGGGGGAUGUGAGGCACUGCAGAAUCGCCUGGCUGGGAAGGCAGCAAGCUGGUCUCUCUGGGACCUGGUGACCGACCUCUGUUCACCAGACGGGUGCAGAGGACAGGAGCUCUGGCCACAGGGAAACGGGGAAUCUGAAUGCAGCACCCAGCCCUCAGGAUGGGCCUUUCCUCCCAGCUGGUCCCCAUAAGCUGCUGAGUAGAGUGGAUGCUCGCGUCGGGGUCUAGGCCCGGCCGGCUGUUGGAGAAGCAGGCCCUGGCCAGCUGUCCCCGUGGCUGUGGUGAGCCCCAGCACCAUUACUGCCACCUCUCAAAUCAAUGAAACAAUUCAUCUGCUUCAUGGGCUCAAGAAGAUGAAAUGGGACCGUGUGGCCAUUGCUCUUCAGCAUCGCAGUCCAUCCCAGCCGUUCAGGAUGAUGAACAAGCUAUCGAAAUUGCACUUGAGAGUCAUAAUCACGGGAAACAUGGCCGAGCCCCGCCUUCCACAUAAAUCACGCUGAGAAGCACACACAAUGGUCUCUUUCCUGAAGGGCCAAUUGUCUUGGUUUGGUGUCCCGGGGCCUAGGAGCUGGGAGGAUGGGAGCACAACCAUGUAUUGUUAAAAAGGCCAUCUGUGUGAUUUGAAUACAAAGUGACCCUUUUAGUCCCCCGCACACCCUCUGAUCCUGUCUCAUGUUUUCUUAUGUCUCAGGCUCUGGGUGUUUGGAAACUCUUGGUCUCUUCUGUAAGCGGGCACGCCCAGGUCUCUGCUGGCCUGGGUCUUUUGGCCCUCUGGGAGUUGGGACCUGUUGGAAAUAAUGAUGACAUUUAUUUAUGUA